AGAGCUACACGGCGAAAACACGCAAGUCGAGCACACGUGCGCGCGCCGCUCAACGAUCCACGUCCUUCCGCCGACAGGUCUCGCCGCCGGCCGGCGACGAUGUUUCUGGUGGAUUGGUUCUUCGACGUGCUGUGUUCAUUGGGGCUUUGGCAGAAGGAGGCCAAGAUCCUCUUCCUCGGCCUCGACAACGCCGGCAAGACCACCCUGCUCCAGAUGCUCAAGGACGAGAGGCUGGCUCAGUAUAUGCCGACCCAGCAGCCGACCUGCGAGGAGCUGAGCAUCGGGCGGAUCAUGUUCAAGGCGUUCGACCUCGGCGGUCACCAGAUCGCGCGCCGUGUCUGGAAGGACUACUACGCCAAGGUCGACGCAGUCGUGUACGUGGUGGACGCUUUCGACAAGCAGCGGUUCGCCGAGUCGAAGAAGGAGCUGGACGGCCUCCUCUCCGCCGACGAGCUUUCCGGCGUGCCCUUCCUCGUGCUGGGCAACAAGAUCGACCUCGCGUACGCGGCAUCCGAGUUUGAGCUGCGCCACCAUCUCGGGCUGGACUACUACACCACCGGCAAAGGCAACGUCGAUCUCGCCGGCACCGGCAGACGGCCCAUCGAGGUCUUCAUGUGCAGCAUAGUCCGGCACAUGGGAUACUACGAAGGCUUCACCUGGAUGACGCAGUACAUCAAGUAGACACACACACGGCAUCUCUCUACUUUCUCUUGUGACACUACUCGUGUAAAUUGCAACAGGAACAUAUAAACUCUGAUAGCGCGAAUAAUAACAAAUUAAAACAAUGACUCA